AUCCUUGCGUUGUGGUGGGAGAACAUCAUAAUAAAUUAGUUGGAAUGCUUUCACGCACCGUCGUUUACAAAAGCCAACGGCGACUUUAGUAUUCGGUGGCCCGAUAACAACGCAAAAACAACAAACAAAAUGAGCGCUGCACCGUCUCCAUUGCUCGGACUGCGAAUGAGCAACUUUCCCCGAACCCCCGCCGCGGUGUCGGAUAGAUGCGGUAACACCGACCGUGUCAAGGCAAUGCUGAACCAGAGCGAAUCUACGUACAGGUGCAAUGAUUACAUCCGGCGGCGGUCGAGAAAAGACAAGAGUGGUUGCCACGCCACGGUCGGGGAAGGAGCGUCGGACUCCGGCUGCCCCGAGCUCUCUGUCGAGCAGGAACAGCUCGACACCGUUUGCAGGGAAAAGAUGUGCGAGUGGAGCUACCGGGUCUGCGACCACUUCCAGACCGGCCGCGAGAUCGUAGCGGUCUCGUUUUCCCUCCUCGACCGGUUCGUGGACAAGUGCAGCUGCGAGCGAAGUGCCUUCAAGCUGGCGGCCAUGACCACUCUGUACAUGGCGAACAAGAUAUACGGUGGGCCACAGGCCAUCAGCAUCGGCGCCCUCGCGGAACUCUCCCGGGGCGAGUUCGAGCCGUCGCACAUUUCUGAGAUGGAGGUCAUCAUCCUGAAGACCCUGGAGUGGAGGCUCCACCCUCCCACCGUCCAGUGCUUCAUCGAUGCCUUUUUCCACUACCUCUCCCUCCCGUCCCACGGGGCCUGGUCCGUUGCCAUUUACGAGCGGGCGACGUUCUUUGCGGAGCUGGCGGUGUACGACUACGCCUUUGUGCCCAAGCGGAAGAGCCUGAUCGCCCUCGGCUGCCUGAUGAACGCGAUGGAGGGGAUGGACAAUAGCCUAUCGGCGGAGCAGCAGAGGGGCUUUGUCGACGCCGUCAACGCGACCUUCGACCUGGAGUUCACGACCGAUUCCAUCGAGUCGGUCCGGAACCGGCUGUGGUACGUCUACAGCAUGAGCGCCCAGUACAAGGAGGACGACGCGGUGGCGGGAGCGGAGCCGGGCGACGUCGUAAAAAAGUCUGUGUCCCAGAGGACCUACGGGGUGUCGUCCACCGCCGCCACCGACCUCUCGUCGUCGCCGUCCACGUCGCCGGUGUCCGUCGCUGCGGCGUCGGGGCCCCACCACAUUGCUAGCUAGCCAGCCCACCCACCAACCAACGCAGCCCAGAGCGGACAAACCAGACCAGACCACGCCGAGGCACGACAUGGCACGCCACAGCCACCCAAUACAAAAACAGGGCAUGCAUCAAUUUUUUACAGGAAUCCAUGCUUUCACCCCCACAUACAUCCCCAUCCAUACAUCCACCUACACAUACAAGAGAAGAAUCCGAUACGUAGAAUAGUGUAUCGAUAUCGACGAAGAAGAGUACCAUAAUGUAUAAUAAGUACCAUUAGAAAAA